CGCUUGGCUGGCUGGCUGGCUGACUGGCUGGUCAAUUGGAGCAGAACGCCUGGAAGUAGGCAAAAUCCUUCUUUUCCCCCCUUGCAUUACACACACAGACACUCUAGCAAAACAGAAAGAAAAAAAAAAGAAAAGAGCCAGAAAGCCAAACGAAAAGCGUCGUGUAUAUCGGCAGGUAAAACGAAAUGUCGGCGCACAGACGUUAGCCCGUGAAUGUGAUGGACUGUUUCAAUUGUGUUCCGUUUGCAACGAUGCAAAUCCAGAGCAACAUACAGAGCGUCAACUCGAUCUUCGGCUGCAACUCGUCCGGCCACAGCGGCAUCAACCAGCUCGGCGGCGUGUACGUGAAUGGGCGCCCGCUGCCCGACUCGACCCGCCAGAAGAUUGUCGAGCUGGCCCACUCGGGCGCCCGGCCCUGCGACAUCUCCCGCAUCCUGCAGGUGUCGAACGGGUGCGUCAGCAAGAUACUGGGCCGGUACUACGAGACCGGCUCGAUCAAACCGCGCGCCAUCGGGGGCAGCAAGCCGCGGGUCGCGACGGCCGCGGUCGUGUCGAAGAUUGCCGAGUACAAGGCGGAGUGUCCGAGCAUCUUCGCCUGGGAGAUACGGGACCGUCUGCUGUCCGAGGGCACCUGCAACAACGACAACAUACCGAGUGUGUCGUCCAUUAACCGCGUGCUGCGAAAUCUGGCCUCCAACAAGGAAACGUCCUCGCAGAGCAAUGAGACGGUGUACGAGAAGAUCAAGCUGUUCAACAACACCAGCGGCCACUGGACCUGGUGCCAGAACAUUGGCAGCGGCCAGUUCAACUUCUCCUCCCAUCCCAUACCGCAUCUGUCGCUGAAAACCUCCACCGAGCAACCAACGAAGCCGGCGAACUGCUGCCUGGAGGAGAUGAGCGACAAGUACUCGUCCGAGGACGACGAAGAUUCCGAGCUGCGGCUGAAGCUGAAGCGCAAGCUGCAGCGCAACCGCACCUCGUUCACGAACGAGCAGAUCGAAAACCUGGAACGAGCAGAAUUCGAGCGCACCCACUAUCCGGACGUGUUUGCCCGCGAGCGACUGUCGGAGCGGAUCCAGCUGCCGGAAGCGCGCAUACAGGUAAUGUUACUGUGCCCGGUUGCACAGUGGCUCAGAGGUAACAGAGGUAAUAUGGCAAUCCUUUUGUGUUGAUUGAGCACCGAUUGAUAAACCGAUAGCGAUAAAAGAAGAUAACGUUGGGAGUUAUGAAACAGGUAUUACAGCUUUCGAUUUGGAGGCUGUUUCGGUAAGUUGGAUUGACAGUUUACAGCAACCGGGGAGCAUCCAGAUACGUUCACAAGGAAAGGAAAGGUCCUGGAAUCAAUUGAAGUCGCGAAGUAGCCCCCAUCGAAGUCUCAUCUGCGAAAGAGCUGCGAGGUACUACAAAACAUGGUAAUUGGCUAGAUAAAUAUUAUUUUUCAGCAUCUGGGCAUUAAGAUCCAUCAAGGAGAGCAGAGCUCCAUUAUUGUACUGCGCCUCAUCUGAGAACUUGUUAUAGGUAAAGUUAAAAUUUCCGUUGAAAUAAAAACAAUCCUUCCAAUCAAGA